AUGUCUUAUGCGGUUGAGACAAAGAAGCGUAAAUUUCACCGAGUACUCGAGUCCCUCACGACACCUUCGAACACGGAGUCCCCAAACCAAACUGCCCGCUCCGCGACUGCGACAGCUCUUGAACAUGCCCCGGCAGCGAAACGGAGUCGUCUAAGCGGCCGCGAUGGUAGCAUUCUUAAUUCCGUGCGGAAAGACGUCCUCAAAAUUGCGCGACCUUCUUCGCGCGCUUCUUCCGUAUCCUCGCUGUCUCGACCUAGCUUUGUUCCUUGGGAUCGCGAGCGUUUUCUAGAGCGAUUGGAGACAUUUCGACGGGUAGAUCGGUGGUCUCCUAAACCUGCCGCAGUAAACGAGGUUGAAUGGGCUAAAAGGGGUUGGAUCUGUACGGAUGUCGCCCGUGUUACGUGUGUGAGUGGCUGUGGGGGCUCCGUCGUUGUUAAGAUUCCCGAUGAACUUGACGAGCUCGAUGGCUACGACGUGGAUAAAAUACAGGAAAGGAAGGACGUCCGUACCAAACUUGUACAGCAAUACAUGGGUCUUAUGGCUCAAGCGCAUGGGGAGAAUUGCCCGUGGCGGAACAAGGGCUGUGAUGCUACAAUUCAUCGACUACCCUUGACGAAUCCUGAUAUCGCAAUCUCAAAAUUUCAAACACGCUAUUCACAUUUACUCAAAAUGGCCGACCAGCUACCCGGCCCUGAAUCUAUACAAGUGCCGGAAGGCUUCAAUGCUCAGGAUGUAAUAUCGAUCCUGCCGGCCGGAGCAUUUCCGCCCUCUGAAGAACACAAAGAACCCGUGGAGGACAACCAACCCGGUUCGGAAAACAGCCAAGAACCUGCAUCCGAACGUCCCGUUCAAAGCGAUCCUCCAAUCAACGAAUCGGCCUUUAUUCUAGCCUUUCUGGGCUGGGAUUCUUUUGACGGAGCAGUGAAUAUGGCUGGCUGCAGCGCCUGCUUCCGACGCCUUGGAUUUUGGAUGUACAAGCCAAAGGCAACCGAGGACGCUUCUUCCCAUGAUCCAUUAGAUGCAGCCAACGAACACAUGGAAUACUGCCCGUGGAUUAACGGUAAAGCCCAGAGCGGUACAGGAAACCCCUCUGAGAAACCGGAGGGCUUGCGCAGUGGAUGGGAACUUUUGGCCCAAGCGCUCAAAGUGAAACACUUACGACAAACUCGAUCGAGUACCCCGAUGGGUAGCCGCGCUGGGUCAGAAGCACCUUCCAUGGACGACCCCGAGAUAGACGAACCAAAUGAUGUUGCUAAGAAAGCUAAAGACCGAGAGUGGUGGGCAAAAAUUCGACGAAUGAGGCAGGUGUUGAACGUCAAGUCACCUAAAAGAAAACCGACAGCCCAAUAA